AUGGCGAGCACCCAGACCCUCACCGAGAAUGAGAUGAACAGUUUUAUCUCGGCACUCGACAAGGAUCGCGACGGCAACAUCUCCUACGUGGAGCUCGAGCACAAACUCGACGCCGUAUACAAGGAGCUACAACCCGACGCCAGACACUACAAUCUACACCACGACUCAAGGGAACAUGCACGCCACGAGUUUCUGCGUGGCGUCAUGGGCACGGAGAAGGAUUCGAUCCCCGCGGAGGAGUUCAAGCGGGCCGUGGUGUCGUGGAACAUUCCGUCACUCGAGCAGGACAAGCAGGCUGCCCGGGGCGAGGACAACUAUAUGAAAGGGAUCUCCUGGGUCCGGAGGCUGAGGGCGAUCUGGGAGGUCGAUGGACCCGAGUAUCUGUUCCUGCUCAUCGUUGGUGGCCUUCAGAUCGGCUUCGGCCUCUGGCAGUGCGUCAAGUAUUCGACAGGCGGCCAAUAUCAAGCGGCGCUGGGCUGGGGCGUUGGGAUGGCCAAAGCAUGCGCGGGCGCGCUGUAUCCGACAAUGUUCUUUGUGUUGCUGAGCAUGUCUCGGUGGUUCUCGACCUGGAUGCGGAAGUCGUACUACAUUUCUCGCGUCAUCAACUGGGACUUGAGCCAGUCCUUCCAUGUUAAGAUUUCCUGUGCGGCCUUGGGUCUCGCAUCGCUCCAUGCCAUCGGCCAUCUCGCAGGUUCGUUCGUCUACGGUAGUCGAACAAAUCGACAGGAUGCUGUUGCCGCUCUUCUGGGCCCAGAUGCAGUUCCUCGACCAUACAUCGCCUUCAUCCGAUCGACCCCGGGCUGGACCGGACUGACAGCUCUCGGCCUGUUCUACGUGAUUGCCUCAUUCAGCAUCCCUUACAUCCGAAAACGAUCUUAUGAAAUCUUUCAGAUUGGUCACCUUCUGAUGUUUCCUUUCAUUGGUCUCCUGAUGGCACAUGGCACCGAGAACCUCCUUCAGUUUCCUGUUCUUGGCCUCGUCAUGGCGGUCCCCUCCUUACUGGUAUUGGCUGAGCGCUUGACAAGGAUCAUAAGCGGCUUUCACAAACUUCCUGCAACACUCCAAGUUCUAGACGAGGAGACGGUAUGCAUAAGCUGCACGAUUCCCGGACUCCGCAUAUGGCGAUACAAAGCGGGCCAGUAUGUAUUUUUGCAAGUCCCUCAGAUAUCCUUCUUUCAGUGGCAUCCGUUCACCAUCUCGACGUGUGUCGGCAGAGAAAUCCAACUCCAUAUCAAGACCGAUGGAAACUGGACCGAAAAAUUGCGAGAAUUGAAAGACCUUAGGUUUGUGGGAAUUGACGGUCCCUUUGGGGCACCGGCUCAAAGAUUCUACGAGUUCGACCAGGCGAUCAUUGUUGGUGCCGGGAUCGGUGUAACACCAUUCUCGGGGAUUCUGAAUGAUUUGCAGACGAGAGAAGACCACCAUUGGAGCCGACGACGCGACUCGACUUCGACGAACGCGUCGAACGAGAUCUCGCGACCAGCUGCGACAACGUCGUCAAAUGCCAACGGCAACAGGGCCAUUAUCAACGCCAAAUCUUACGACCUCGAGAAAUAUCGCCGCGUGGACUUCCACUGGAUCGUGCGCGACAAGAACCACUUGCUUUGGUUUUCGGAUCUGCUCAACAAGAUAUCUUCUGAAUCUUCACAGCGGAAUCCCAACCUCGAUGUCCGAAUCCACAACCACCUGACCAAGAAGCGUAAGGACAUCUCCGAGCACAUCUAUCGGUGGCUGCUCGAGAAGCAUCGCACAGAGGCGCAGCCCAUGUCACCACUAACAGGGCUCAUUGCGCCGACGCAUUUUGGACGGCCGGACUUCCCCAAGAUCAUGAACGAGCAUUACGACGAGAUGGUUACGUUGUUCGCGAGGGAUAAAGCUAGAAAGAGGAAAGUUGGCGUUUUCUUUUGCGGCGCACCGGUCAUCGGCCAUGCUUUGGCCGACUUAUGCCAUCAGAUGACGCUUAGAGGAAGGGAGGAUGGGACGGAAGUGGAGUAUCAUUUCAUGGUUGAAGUUUUUGGGUAA